AGCAGGGGGAGGGGAGGAACUCCAGGUCCUGAACUCAAAGUCCAGUGCCUUUCCGCCUCAGGGUGUCCACUGUUCAGUUUCCACACAGUGGUGGCCUUUGGAGUCAACUUUUCCUCAAGGGGGCAAGGAAUUGUUUCAGUGCCUUAACCAGGAGUCUUUUUCAGUGUAUGUUCAGUGUGGAGCCAUCCUUCUAAACCUCCCUUUCCUUCCCCAACACCCUGCCAUCCUAGGAGCUGCACUGCUGUGAGAGCAGGAGUGAAGCAGGUCUCCCAAGAGAUUGGUGGCAACCACUGAGGUUCUUAACCCUCGUCACCCUUGGCCAAUUUCCUAACAGUCCGCUCUUCUGACAACACAAAAGUCCAAUGUCUUUCAUAUCAUUUUGAACCUUCCCUGUAAACUGAUGUUGAUGUGCAAUAUGAAAAGAAGAAUCAAACAAGACUUUAAAGAGGUGCUCCCAUGAUUCUCGUGCAGAUGGGGCCACAUGCAUGAUGAGCAUGGAUUCCAAAGAACAAGGGUCUCUCAUGCAGACAGGAAAUACACAACCCCGUGAGCAGGGCUUCCAGGCUAGCAUUGGCCAAUUAGAACUUAGAGGAAGCUGGUUGUGUGAAUGGGGGUUGGACGUCAGUGGAUAGAUGGCAGGUGCACAUCCAUUUCAUGGGGAUUGAUUUUAACCCCUAGGAAAACCAGGACUAUAGGAUGUUAGGAAGGGGAAGGUUUCCUAUCCCUUACUUCUGUCCUUAGUCCCAUUAAUUCCAGAUACUCAAUCUGUAUAUUUGGCGCCUCCAAAUUCCACAUCACCCAAAGAGCCUAUAGACACUGUGUCUGUGUGUGCGCGUGCGUGUGCGCAGGCAAAUGAUUUUGUGGGUGAGCCAAGAUAGCACUCUUUUUUUUUUCAAAGUAGCACUCUUGAGUCUCCUAAUCCAAGUUCUCUUUCUCACAGGGUGACUAAUAUUAGCUGAAUAUAUUACACUGUUUGGGUAGAGAUGCCAUAUAAAGUACAGAACCCCAGCUAAAUGCAAAAUUCAAAUCAACUGGGAACAAAUUUCCAUUAAAAGCUAUAUCCAAAAUAUUGCAUGGGACACAAUUAUUCUAAAAGCUGAUCCCUAUUAUCUGAAAUUCUAACUCAAUUGAGCAUCCAUUAUUUCAUAUGCUAAAUCCAGCCACCCUAUUCCACAGGGUCCUUGAAAUGUAAAGGACUGUAGAACUCCAUGUUCCCAGAAUCCAGUCUCCAGAAAUAAGGACAGGAGCCACAGUAUCAGCAUAAAGUCAAUCACUGGGCACACUCACACCUAGUUUGGAAUAUGGGUCAACUUUUAGCCACAGAAAAAAAUACAAGCAUUUUUUGAAAAUGAACAUAGCUCACAUGUACUUUUAGUUGCAUAAUCCGUCUCUCUGAAGAUUUGAACGUCACAGAUAACACUGGUUUCCUGCGAGAAAGGGGCUUGGUGCCCAGGAGUAAGAGGUGGGAGGAAGAGUCAUCACUGCACAUUCGUUUAUGUCCUUUGACAUUGAACCACACAAAGCUAUUGAUUCUUUGAGAUAUUCCACUAAAAGAAGGAAAAAUGUUAACAGUCAAUGUUGAAUGACAGCACAGGAUGCUGGGAAACAAAAAGUAGAGAUUUCUGGUCCUGCAUGUGUGGGCUGCACGACCUUUGUCUGAUAGGCUGGGGCUUUCCAGCAGAGGAGAGCAUUAGUAAGGCUCGUCCUGCUGGAGUCUGAGCAGCUUCCAGCACCGGAGGGCGGCGAGGACAGAAGGACCCGUGUGCAAGCAGGCACGCGGGAUCUGCUGAGACCAUGCUCAUUUGGAACCUCAGUUCCAUGUGGCCUUCAGGACCCAUGUGUUCAUCACAAUACAUGUUCUGAAUCUUGUUCGGAAAGUCCGGCCUCGGUUGAAGUGAGUCAAGAGCCAGGUGGGAAGCAGACUGGGUUGAGGGACACAAACUCGGCCGAUGGAUGAAAACGGAAGCAAAGGACCACCGAGUAACACCUCGGUGCUCGGAAUCUGAACAACUUGUAUAAAUUGCCUCCAAAGGCACACAGCAAUUGUGUUGCCCCUGUGUCAUUUGAGAGGGACUUGUGGUCCUUGCCUACCUGCCAGAGCCCUCAGGGAAUGUCUCCCCACCGCCACCCAGGGCCCUGGCCCUCGGCCCCUCCCCCACGGCAGAAUGUCAGGAGCCCUACAUUCUGUCCCUGUUUACAUUCAAACUUUUCCCUCCUUAAUUGGAUCUUGAGCAUCUGCCGGAGCAGGUCGCUGUCUGGGACCUGGACUUGACGUUUCUCAUUGUGGUGGCUGUAGGAUACAGUGGUCCCUGCCCAAGCCUGCGGGGAUGGCUUCAGAAGGAGCAUCUCCAGUGCUGGGACCGCAUGUGGCCAUGGACCCGGAGGCCUCCGUGUCUUCUUUGACGGCACAGCCGUUUCCCCCACCUGCUGCUGGCGCCUCGCACUGGUCACCCCGGGGGCAGCACUCGCCGCCCCACGUGACCCCGCCAUUCACGCCUGGCAGCCCCGUGGUGCUGCCCACUUUCUGCAGGAGACCGCUGGUGGCAGGAGAUGCCGUCCAUGGCCCAGGUGGGACCCAGGCCUGUAACGUCAUCGUCCAGGUCAGGUCAGAGUGGGGGCCCGCAGAUGCCCCCCAGACUCAGACCGUCGUCCUCACCCAGGCCCCCGUUCGCUGGAGUCCUCCCGGGGCCCUCUGUGGGGGUGCUGCGUGUCCCACGCCCCUGUUCCUGGCAACGUCGGCAGCGGAGAGCCCCGUGUCCGCGCCAGCCGUCGGGGGCACCUGGGCCGGCAAGGGAGGCUCCAGCCCAGGCCUUCGACCUCAGGCUCCCCCCCCGGCCGUCCGGCUGGCCCCCAUGGUGCCCCCGGGGACCGCAGGGCCGCAGUCCCCCGCAGCUGCCAGGGAGGGCAGCCUGGCCAGCGGCCCCGCCAAGGCCUCGCCCACGGACUCCUGUAGCCUCAAGAGUGUGUACGAGAACUUCAGACGCUGGCAGUGCUUCAAGGUCCUGGCCCGCAGGCACCUCCCGCAGAGCCCCGACGCCGAAGCCCUCUCCUGCUUUCUCAUCCCGGUGCUUCGGUCCCUGGCCCGCCUGAAGCCCACCAUGACGCUGGAGGAGGGAGUGUGGCGGGCCGUGCAGGAGUGGCGGUGCAGAAGCAACUUUGACCGGGUCAUCUACUACGAGAUGGCAGGAAAGUUCAUGGAGUUUGAGGCAGAGGAGGAGAUACAGAUUCAGAAGCUGCAGUGGGUGAAGGUGGCCCAGGGCGCAUCUGCUCCAGCCCCACCCAAGCCUGGAACACAGGGGUCCCCAGCCCUGGAGGGGGGCCGGCAGCCAGCCUGCAUUCCCAGGAAGGCCGGCUCCAGGGCCCAGCCACCCUGCCCGCAGCCACACAGACCCCCGCAGCCCAAGGCACCCAAGGAGAUCCCCCCUGAGGCUGUGAGAGAGUACGUGGACAUCAUGGAGGGGCUGCUGGGGCCUGCCUGCUCAGCCCCGGGGGCGCUAGCGGGUGAAUGGGGACAGGACGGAGAGGAGCCACGGCAGGACGAGGACGCCAUCUACCUGGACCCGGGUCUUCUCAGCUACAUUGACAAGCUGUGUUCCCAGGAAGACUUCAUCACCAAGGUGGAGGCAGUCAUUCACCCGCGAUUCCUGGCAGAACUGCUUUCUUCAGAACCACAGCUGGAUCUUUUGGCCCUCGCUGAGAAAUUGGAGCAGGAGGAAGGACUCUCCCUUGCAGAGCUGGUAGAGAAGAGACUGGUGGCCUUGGCGGUGGAGGACGGUGUGCCCACAACCCCGAGUCACUGUGCAGCGACACUGGGCUCCGGGCCUGAGGGUGAGGCCAGGGCCCGGCCAGGGGUCAGCCGUGAAGCCUGCCCAGCAGACAGCGAGUGCCAGGACCUCCGGAGGCACAGCCGGGCACACGCGCACCCGUGCAGACCCAGAUCCUUUGCCGCGUCUCCAGGACAACAGGAGCUGCCUGCCCUCCGGGCUGGUGGGCUCUCCUCUCCUCCCCAGGGGCCAGGGCGCACCCCUCCUCGGCCGGGCCCCAGGGAUGCCCCCGUGUUCAGAGAGGCCCCCCCUGCUAGGGAGCCUGGCGGGCCAGCAGAUGGGUCCAGUGAGGACGAGGAGGAGCUGCCCAGCCUGGCCUUCCUCCUGGCCUCUCGGCACAGCCUGCUGCCCUGGGGGCUCUCCCAGAGUCCUGCUCCGGCCCCGGGCCUCCCCAGCCCUGGAGGGCGCGGGCCGCAGGGAGCUGCCCAGGUCCCCGCUGCUCAGAGAAUAGGCCGCAGCCCAGCCGCUCCCCCAGCUGCCAAGUCCAGAAAGCGGGCUCUGCGUGCGGGUCUGGCCGCUGCUGCCGGGAAGACGCCCCUCCCAGGGGCCAGCCUCAGGGGCUCGGUGCGGGCCCUGGCCGUGGGGCUGCUUCGGCCCUCUCUGCCUCCAAAGAGAAGGUGUGGCUCCUUUGUCCCAGGGAGGAGGAAAAAGCAGCACUGCAGCCCGUAGGGAGCCCUGGGCCCACCCUUCAGUGCUGAUCCUGGCUGGG